GGGCGGUAAGGGAGCGCGGGUGGGCGGGCUUAGGCCACGUGACAUGGGGCGAGGUGGGCGGGGACCUGGAGGGCGUUCGCGACGUCGGCGGCGGUGGCGCGCUGCUGCGGCCGAGUUUUCGGCUUUGGGUAGCACCCCACAGCCCGCCCCCUGUUGCCACCGCGGUGACCCCAGCUUUCUUCCCUUUGCACCUCACCCGUACUGGGUCGGUCUUGUCCGCGCUCGCGCGUCGGUUUGCUGGUGUGCGCAGGCGCCGCGGGGGUGAUUAGCCUAGUUGGGUGGGCGGUGGAACCCGGGAGCGCGCGGACGAGACCAUGGCGGGCAUCAGCUCGGGGGGCGGUGGGGUCGGGGAGACGAAGGUGAUUUACCACCUGGAUGAGGAAGAGACUCCCUACCUGGUGAAGAUCCCCGUCCCCGCCGAGCGCAUCACCCUCGGCGAUUUCAAGAGCGUUCUGCAGCGGCCCGCGGGCGCUAAGUACUUUUUCAAGUCUAUGGAUCAGGAUUUCGGGGUGGUGAAGGAAGAAAUUUCAGAUGACAAUGCCCGCCUCCCCUGCUUCAACGGAAGGGUGGUAUCCUGGCUAGUGUCAUCAGAUAAUCCCCAACCGGAGUUGGCUCCUCCAGCCCAUGAGCCUCGGACAGAACUGGCACCUCCACCCCCACCUUUGCCCCCUUUGCCACCCGAGAGGACCAGUGGCAUUGGGGACUCAAGGCCUCCGUCCUUCCACCCUAAUGUGUCCAGUAGCCAUGAGAAUCUGGCGCCUGAGACGGAAACCGAGUCAGUAGUGUCACUGAGGCGGGAGAGGCCUCGCAGGAGAGACAGCAGUGAGCAUGGCGGUGAGGGGCCGGCCUGGGGGCUGGAAAGGCGCCACCUGGCGGGGUACGAAAGCUCUUCUACGCUCAUGACCAGCGAGCUAGAGAGUACUAGCCUGGGAGACUCUGACGAGGAUGACACCAUGAGCAGGUUUAGCAGCUCCACAGAGCAGAGCAGUGCUUCCCGCCUCCUCAAGCGCCACCGGCGACGGAGGAAACAGCGGCCACCCCGCCUGGAGAGGACCUCAUCCUUCAGCAGUGUCACAGAUUCCACAAUGUCUCUCAACAUCAUCACAGUCACACUCAACAUGGAGAAGUACAACUUCCUGGGCAUCUCCAUUGUGGGCCAAAGCAAUGAGCGGGGAGAUGGAGGCAUCUACAUCGGGUCCAUCAUGAAGGGUGGGGCUGUGGCGGCAGAUGGACGCAUUGAGCCAGGGGACAUGCUUUUGCAGGUGAAUGACAUGAACUUUGAGAACAUGAGCAAUGAUGAUGCCGUGCGGGUACUGAGAGACAUUGUGCACAAGCCUGGCCCCAUCGUGCUGACUGUGGCCAAGUGCUGGGAUCCCUCUCCCCAGGCCUAUUUCACCCUCCCCCGAAAUGAGCCCAUCCAGCCAAUUGACCCUGCUGCCUGGGUGUCACACUCCGCUGCACUGACUGGCACCUUCCCAGCCUAUCCAGGCUCCUCGUCCAUGAGCACUAUUACAUCUGGAUCUUCUUUGCCUGAUGGUGAGCCCUUAGCACUUUCUGAGAUGGCUAUCCAGCAUCUUUCCAUCCAUACGGAUAUGGCAUCUGUGACCAAGGCCAUGGCAGCUCCAGAAUCUGGGCUGGAAGUCCGGGACCGUAUGUGGCUCAAGAUCACCAUCCCUAAUGCCUUUCUGGGCUCAGACGUAGUUGACUGGCUCUACCAUCACGUGGAGGGCUUUCCUGAACGGCGGGAGGCCCGCAAGUAUGCCAGUGGGCUGCUGAAAGCAGGCCUGAUCCGACACACCGUAAACAAGAUCACCUUCUCUGAGCAGUGCUAUUAUGUCUUCGGAGACCUCAGUGGUGACCUAGUCAACCUAUCUCUGAAUGACAACGAUGGCUCCAGUGGGGCUUCGGACCAGGACACCCUGGCUCCUCUGCCUGGAGCCACCCCCUGGCCUCUGCUGCCCACCUUCUCCUACCAGUACCCAGCCCCACACCCCUACAGCCCCCAGCCACCACCCUACCAUGAACUUUCAUCCUAUACCUAUGGUGGGGGCAGUGCCAGCAGCCAGCACAGUGAGGGCAGCCGGAGCAGUGGUUCCACACGAAGUGAUGGGGGGGCGGGGCGCACAGGGAGGCCUGAGGAGCGGGCCCCUGAGUCUAAAUCCGGCAGUGGCAGUGAGUCUGAGCCCUCCAGUCGAGGGGGCAGCCUUCAGCGUGGCGGGGAACCUGGUGGGACUGGUGAUGGGGGCCCUCCCCCAUCCAGGGGCUCCACUGGAGGUGCUCCCAACCUCCGAGCCCAUCCAGGGCUCCAUCCCUAUGGACCACCCCCUGGCAUGGCCCUCCCCUAUAACCCGAUGAUGGUGGUCAUGAUGCCUCCCCCCCCACCUCCUGUCCCUCCAGCAGUGCAGCCCCCAGGGGCUCCUCCAGUCAGAGACCUGGGCUCUGUGCCCCCAGAACUAACAGCCAGCCGCCAAAGCUUCCACAUGGCCAUGGGCAAUCCCAGUGAGUUCUUUGUGGAUGUUAUGUAGUACCCACCGUGGGGCGCUCGGUGCUCCUGUUCUGUGACUGGGUAUCUCCUCAGUCGUGUGCUCCUUAUUCCUUGCAGUGCCUUGCCUCAGCCUGCCGGCUGCUGCCUACUGUGAGGCUGUUGCCACUGUGACUCUGACCAGCAGUGCCUGAUUCCUUCCCCUUUCCUCAGGGGUAGGCAAGGGACCUUUGGUUUAAUUUUUAGCCUUGUUUUUUUAUAAGCCUUUUUGGGGGUUAAAAUAGACUUUCUAACCUUUUUGGGACUAUUUUUUUACUAGACAUUUUUUCUUUUAUAUGAAGAAUCCUCAUUUUCUGAGCCCCUUCUUCUAACCCCAGAAUGUGACCUCCUCCUCUAGUUGGCCAGUAAGCUCUGCCCUCCACAGGGUGGGAGGUGGUCAGUGGUACCCUGGGAGGAGGAAGGGGGUGGGGUACUCUAGACAGCAGUCCAGGGAAGCUGGGGUAUUUGGGGCCAUGUAGCUGCCUUUGUUACUCUAUUUAUUUUAGUCACUUGUAUAAAACACCAAAUAAAGCAAUAGAGGCCAACUC